AUGCGUUUUAGGACAUUGGAAAUUCGGUGGCAUGAUUCAAAAGCCAUCUCGUCGUGUGACUUUCAGCCGGUACCCGUGUUUAAGAAAGCUCGCCCACCUGGCCUGGGCUCCUCAGACAUAUCUGAACAAGAAUGGGUCGAGAAAUGGGCCAGUCAGUCGUACAGGCUAGCCACAGGCGGAGAUGACAAUAAUGUCAGAGUCUGGAUGGUCCAUCCGAAUAUACGACCCUCAAAUACUGCUACCGAAACCAUUACAUCCACCCAGACCACGCCUAGACCACCUCGCAUCGAAUAUCUUGCCACGUUGAGCAAACAUUCCGCACCUGUUAAUGUUGUGAGAUGGAGCCCAAAUGGGGAGACCAUAGCUUCUGCCGGAGAUGAUGGUAUGAUCAUCGUAUGGGCGCCGUCUUCAACCCCUCAACCCUCUGCAUACGGAAGUGAUUUGAGCCAAGAGGAGCUCUCAAACGAGAAAGAGUACUGGAAACCCAGGAUCAUGCUUAGGUGCACAACUAUGGAGGUUUAUGAUCUCGCCUGGAGCCCAACAGGAGAAUACAUCAUCGCUGGGAGUACUGAUAAUGCUGCUCGAAUAUUCCUCGCCGCAGAUGGUAAAUGCAUUCACGAAAUUGCUGAUCACACACACUUUGUUCAGGGGGUUGCGUGGGAUCCGCUGAAUGAGUACAUAGCUACCCAAUCAAGCGAUCGUGCUAUGCAUGUGCAUCGGGUCACGCAUAACUACUCUGGGCCCUUGGAGAUCCAUGCCGUCGGAAAGAACAGUCAAAUACCCAUACAGACAGGUUCUCAGGGGACUCGUUCUAGCAGGAGUCGUAGUCGGCGGCAUGGGAGGACCUCUAGCGUGGUUAGCAACGCUAGCCAUCAUGAAAGCGGUCGUGAAGGCAGUAGACCGCGCAUGACUCGACGAGAAAGUACUAGCGAGAUCGAAAGUGUCUUCGAAGAACCUUCAACGUGUUCCGCGUUGUUCGCCGGUAGCACACAUGACAAAGAGAAAGAAUUCAGAGAUCCCGCACCAUUUCCUGUUUCCUCCGCACCGCUCACACCAUCCACCAGCGUUGCGAGUACCCCGGUGAUACCGCCGACAUCUCACAUAUCGUCGGUCCCGAUCCCAGUUCCUCCAAUCUCCACGUCGCUAUCCUCUGCUCCAAAUACUAUGCUUCCGCCACCACCGACACCUGUGGAUAAAGAAAGACAACCCUCGUCGCGGCGUUCAUCUUUCAGUAAUGCUUCCAAUGCCGGUGGUCCUGCCUCCCCAGCUUUUUCAGUAAGUUCACGCUACGGACGUUCCCCUAGUCCAAUGCCCGCACUUCCUGCUAUUCGCACCGCCCUUCCCUCGUCGUUGUCAUACCCCACUCCACAUUCAAGGACAAAUACUGACCAAUGGAAAAAUAUCGGACUGUACGGGGACGAGAGUUAUACAAACUUCUUUAGGAGGUUGACCUUUAGUCCGGAUGGGGCACUGCUCGUGACUCCUGCGGGUCAGUUUGAAGAUCCAGAAGUGGUCAUCUUGCCGACUCCCUCCGAGGACGGUGUAUCAACUACUCCCGCGAGAGGUCGGAAAAGCCGUUCAGAAGAGUCUGGGUCUACUUCUUCCGCUAAGGGAUCCUCUUCCUGCGUAUACAUCUACACACGCGCAAAUUUUGCCAAACCACCGAUUGCAACAUUUCCUGGCCAUAAAAAAGCGAGUGUUGCUGUGAGUUUCAAUCCAGUUCUUAUCGAUUUGAGGGAAGGAUUGUCCUCGACGUUCGAGGGGACGAGCCUGGGGACCACAGGAAGACAUAUGAAGGUUGUAGGACUAAGUAAUGAACUUGUUCAGAUGGAUGCGGACGUCGUGGGUCCAUUACCAGCAGUUACGCCAUCCGCAGAGACCACCAACAGUGGAAUGGGAAUGGGAAUGACUAUCUUGUCCCAAAAGAGUGGAACCCCGACCGUCGCUGCACCAUCGCCCACCCAGUCUCCUGAUGCAUCUAUGAGACCUCCAACACCUGCAGCCUCUAAACCAGGAACACCGAGCCAGCAUAACGCCAAUACUGUUCCUUCCAACGCUCCAAGCACCUCUUCUGUAUUUGCUCUACCUUACAGAAUGUUGUUCGCAGUGGUAACUAUGGAUGCGGUCGUCAUUUAUGACACCCAACAAUCAUCCCCGAUCUGUGUCCUCACAAAAUUGCAUUACGACGAAUUUACGGAUGCUACUUGGUCUCCGGAUGGCCAAUCUCUCAUGUUAUCUUCUCGAGAUGGCUACUGCACUCUGAUCAUCUUUGACGAGGUCUUCCCUGCUUAUCAUAAGCAACAACAGACGUUUCAGCUUCAGUCGAUUGCUCAGCAACAUUCGGUCCCGAUUACGACAUCUAAUUCUUCAUCGUCAACACAUCAUUUGGGGGCUUCGAGGCAAGGAACACCGACUGCAACGCCUGUAUUCAGCAACGUUGGUCUCCCACCUACCGUGCCCUCGAGUGGCUUUGUGCGGAGCGUUACUCCUUCGCCGACUCCUUCAGCCAUCAAACAUCGCACCAACGCGAUGGACGUGCCGCCUACUCCAUCCACAAGCUCGAUCAGCGAUUCAAACACAGCCAAAAAGCUGGCUGAAGCUGUCAAACGACAACGGGAAGAGGAUGAUGGUGCUAACAAGGACAGUGCGUCAGACCAUAUACAAGCAAGUGGCAAGGCCAAGGAGCCACCCAAGAAGAAGAGGCGGGUUGCAUUGACUAGAGUUGGUGAUGUGGGAUCAUAG